UUUUGGCGGAUCGGCGGGGUGAACGCUAGGCAUUCCGGCAGCCCCUCAGGCUACUUGGAGAGGCCCAGUGGUGCAGCAAGCGAGACCUUCGAUCCGUUUCUACCUUCCUCCACGCGUCCUGCCGUGGAGCCUCGCUCCGCACCCCAAUAUGGCGGGCGGGCGCUGCGGCCCGGUGCUGCUGGCGCUUCUAGCCGCCUGGGUCUCAGUGGAGGAGGCCCGCCCGGAGCAGGCUUCGCUACCGGCUGAGCAGAGCAUGGUACUUCCUAUGACUGCCUCCAACUGGACGCUGGUUUUGGAGGGCGAGUGGAUGCUGAAAUUUUAUGCCCCUUGGUGUCCUUCCUGCCAGCAGACUGAUGCAGAAUGGGAGAUAUUUGCAAAGAAUGGUGAACUACUUCAUGUUAGUGUGGGGAAGGUAGAUGUCAUUCAAGAACCAGGUUUAAGUGGUCGCUUCUUUGUCACCACGCUUCCAGCAUUUUUUCAUGCCAAGGAUGGGGUAUUCCGUCGCUACCGUGGCCCAGGAAUCUACAAAGACCUGCAGAAUUAUAUCUUAGAGAAGAAAUGGCAAUCAGUUGAACCUCUGACUGGCUGGAAAUCCCCAGCUUCUUUAACGAUGUCGGGAAUGGCUGGUCUUUUUACCAUCUCUGGCAAGAUAUGGCAUCUUCACAACUAUUUCACAGUGACCCUUGGAAUUCCUGCUUGGUGUUCUUACGUCUUUUUCGUCAUAGCCACCUUGAUUCUUGGCCUUCUCAUGGGUCUGGUCUUGGUGGUAAUAUCAGAGUGUUUCUAUGCGCCAGCUCCCCAGCGUUUGUCUGAACACCCUGAGCAGAAUCGGAAGUCUGAGGAGGCUCAUAGGGCGGACCAGUUGCAGGAUGCAGAGGAGGAAAGAGAUGAUUCAAAUGAAGAAGAAAACAAGGACAGUCUUGUAGACGAUGAAGAGGAGAAGGAAGACCUUGGCGAUGAGGACGAAGCAGAGGAGGACGAGGAGGAGGACAACCUGGCUGCUGGUGUGGAUGAGGAGAGGAGUGACGCCCAGGACCAGGGGCCCCUGAGGGAGGCCCAGGAGGAAGUAGAACCUGACGAGACUGAGGAAGAUGCCCCUGAGCAGCCCCGCUCACCUGACACAGAGGUGGCGGAAGACACACUGCGGCAGCGCAAAAGUCAGCAUGCUGAUAAGGGGCCAUCGGCUUAAAGACAGUAUUUCCAAGAAUACAGAGCAGAAGAAUAUGUCAGCUUCCCUCUGGACUUCAGUUUAAACCAAACCCUCAUUGUUUCCUGAGUGAGCGAGCUUCUCUUCUAAAGAAAGUGAUCUCUAGACAUGUGGUCGCAUGGCAUGAAGCCCAAUGUCUAAUAAUGAGAACUUUCAGGCAUGACAAUCAGGAUACGUGGUGUUAGGAUAAGUUUGGGGGCUUGGGAUGAACACAAGUUUAAGUUUACCUGCUUGGGCUAGAGAGCUUGGGUCUGAGGAAGUAAUUCCCAGCCCUCGGGAGUACUGCUCAUUGUCAAGGCUGCAGGCCCCGCAGUGAAAGCAAAGCAGCCUGACCAUCCCAGGUGUAGCAGAAGUUACGCUUCCUCUUGUGUUAAAUAUAUAAUUUUUGUUAAAUUCCUGUAAGAAACAUCAGACAUCAUAGUAGUGUCCCUUUGGUAGAAGUAGAAAUUGAGAGGGCCCUGCAUAUUGUAGAAAAGAGCUUGGAAGUCAUCCUGACUCUAAAUCUCCUUUAUUAGGUUUUACUUCUUACCUUGAGUUAUUUCCAGCGUUCCCACCGUGGGCCCGCAGGCCGCCCACACUCCCCACAGUACUUCUUUAGUGAGAGGGCUCAGACAGCAGCCCGGUUGACAUCAGCUGCGUUUACUCAACUUAAGGGUUUAGGUACUCAAGAACCACAGCCAUGGAACUGUGACUGCCGAGCCUCUCGAAUACAGCAUUGUAACCUUUGGAGAUUCAGAGGAAGUAGGGAUUUUACAGGAGAGAGUUUUAUUGUUUUUUGCCAAAAUGCAAUAUUUUUCGAAAAGUUCUUUUAGCACUGUUUGUUUUUUUUUUUCAAUCCAGAAGUCCCCUAAGCUUCGCCAGUACAAGGUAGCCUUGUGAAGGACACUUGAACACUGUGUUGUUUUGUUUCCAUCUCCAGGGGUUCCCUGGUCUUGAACCACUUUAAUAACUGAAAACCAUUUCUGGUUUUCCUUCAGUGAUGUCCUUUUGGUGAAAGAAUUAAUGAAAGUGAAUAUCUGGAAAUGAAAGAUUUGGUUUCAUUUCCUUCUUCCUUAAUCUUGUAAAGAAUUUUAUCCCUGUAAUUCUCUCAAUGCUCAAUCUACUAAGAGUACCCAAGGGGCCCAAGUUCUUUUAAAAAAAUCCAUCCAUCUCCUUCUGCCGUACCUGAUUUAUGUCUUAGAAUAAAUUCAUAAAAUUAGAUUCCAAGCUUAUGAAAGAUGACUAAAGUUGACUCUACACCCCUUGGGUCUGGACAGAAUAAUAAGUAGUGCGGGUUUAUGAAAUUCAAAAGUUUUCUGUCACUUUUAAAAAGAAAUAUGCAGUAUACUCUUAUCUGGCUGUUUAGAUAACCCUUUCCUUCUGUGAACUUUGAACACUGGAUCACUGGUGGGAAGGGGAGGUUCUGAAACUUGCUAUCCUAUACUUGAAUGAGCCUGUUGCAAGCCUCACACAAAGGGACUUUUUAUUCUGCUAGAAUCCAAUUUUUGGAGGUGGUUUUUUUUUAAUCUUUCCAGCUCAGCUACCUGACAGUCUCAUCCCCCAGCGUGGUGAAGUUCAUUAAGGGCGACCAGCCUGCGCGGCCGUGAAGCUGGGAGAUCCCAGUUGGGCCAGGGAUGCCAGAUCUUGUCCUCCCAGCCCUGUGACCCUCCCUGACGGCCCUCAGUAAAAUGGUUUGAUCCCCUUCCCCUGCCCACUGCCCUCCCGAAAGAGUCACCAGUAGUUUUUCUCUUGUGACAGCAGCAAGACUUUCAGUUUGAGGCCAUUAGAGAAAUGAGGGACUGGAAAAUCUUGACUUUUGCUCCCACCUGGGAGCAAAAUUUCCUUUCCAUCCGACCAGGUAGGUGUCUGUCACGUCUUUGUCUGAAGUGCCAUCCUUCUGAUGGUGGCAGCUCCAGCUCCCUGGUGCCAGGAAGGUUUUUCUGGGUCAUUCUCAUUGCUGAGGUCGGUGGGCUUUCCUGUCACUGGAUUUCUCUCUCUCCUACAAUCAGUGGAAGCACGUUUUCAAAGAUCUUCAAGUUCAGGGUUAUAGAAUAAGAAAGGUUUCAGUUUGCUUUUUCUGUAUAAUCUUCCCCUCCCUCAUAAUAAAAUGAUUUUUUUGAAGUGGAGCAGAAAUGAAAUCAACUUUAGCUUUUUAGAAAUGUGAGGCCAAUUUCCAAUUGGACCCCAAAUAGUACCUAAUUAUAUAAUUUUUUAAAACGCCUUUUCUUCUUAAGCAAUAGUUUUAAAAAAUUGGAGGGGAGAAAAGCAACUUGGAAAAGAGAAUUUAUUAAAAGUUUAAAUGCCUGGCUGUGAGAACCAUUUUUCCUGUUAAUACCCUGUUUGUUAUUCUGGAAGUCAAGUACAUGGGAACACAAUUUUGAUUUAAAGAGUGAAAAAUAAUCAUGCUCCCCUAUAUUGCAACGUCAGUUUUUAAUUGCAAAAUAGUAUUUUGUAUAAAUCAAAAUUAGGUGAAUGAAAAGUAAGUGGAUUUUGAAGUGGGAGUGCAGUGCUGUAGGUGUGAGUUGCAGCAGGUGCCUUUCUGUUGAUUAGAAGGAAAGGUUGAAACUUAGCUACCUUUUUCUUAGUUUCUUCUAUUACUCAUCUAGUUCUGCUACACCGUCCCAGCUUGCCCAGAGGCCUCGGACUGAGGCAGCAUUCGUAGCCAAUCCCAUGUCUCUCAUUCCCUUUGGACUACAAGCAUCGGAUGGGUGAGAGGCGGGGCCCAUUCAGCUCACUGCAUGGGCGCGCACAGCCUGGGCUCCUGCAUGCAACCUCUGCUAGCCACAGGCCUCUACGUAAAGAAAUUUGAAAUAACGACUAUAGUAAAAAAGUAAACAAGCUUUGGCCAGUUGGGUGUCUGACGCUGGCAAAAGCUAAAUGUUGACUGAUGGCCAAAACCCCUAGUUGACAGCUAUGGUGGUGCUCUGUGAUUGGGGUACACGCAAGCCUGUAGAGCCUGCAUCCUGUAACACCUUUGGCGUAGAGGAUAAAAUGUCUUUCAGGACAAGUACUUAACGUGUGACUUUUUAUUACCAAGUCCUUGAAGAGUGGACCCUGUAUGUUCUACAGGAUGGAUUAAACAGUCACACACACAAAGACAAAAUAGGGUGUUCCUGAGAUUACAGCAUAUAAUCUUAAAUUGGCAUGAAGUGAGAGAAAUAAAGGAGAUCGGUGCUUUUGCUGAUGUACCAGUAUUUACCUGUGCUUUAUCACAGGAUUGAAGUGUUAUUUCUGCCAGUGUUAUAAAUAUGUGGUGUACCCACCAUAUCAAAUAUAACAGCAUUUUGGAAAGUGUUCAUUUAAAUCUUUUGUGCCAACAAAAAAGAUUCCUUGUUCAGUAUCUCUUUACCUCAGUCCUCCAUUUUGAUGCUCUUGGGGAUUAUAGCUUGCCUUGAAAAACUAAACAUGGUAUCAUCAAAUCUGAUGAGAUGAGACCCUUGACACAAGCUUUUUGAGCAGCUUUCCUGAACCAGGAGGUUCAGUUGAAAGGCCUGUGAUAGCUUCAGACCAGCACAUGGCCUUCAGAUGGCUUAUUCUCAGUCAAGUUUCCUGUGAACUGUGACAUUGUAUAUGUGUGACUCAUGCACCAGUGAUGUGUUUCCAAUAUAGUUUCAUUGUAUUUGUUACUAAAUAGCUUCUUUGUGCAGAGGCAAUUUUUAUACUGAAGAUACUUACUUGUAUUUCAAUAUGUUAUAAAUUUAUUUAUAUUCUUUGUAAUAGUCUUGAUUAUUUAGCCCAGUGAUACUUAAUUAUUUUUCUCUUCAUCCAUGUAUUCUUUGCUUCCUUAACUAGUAUUUGCAGCAACUGGAAUCAAGACGGGAGUUUCUAGCAGUACAUUGCCUGACUUGCAAAGCACCUUAAUCACAAAAUUGUACAUAAUCCCUGACCCUGUAAGUUUUCAUUUUAUGUAAGUUCCCAUUUGCCUUAAAACCUAAGGAUAAUGACAACUGAGUAAAAUCAAAACAAUCCAUUGCUUUUUAUAUAAGUAUUUUCACAAAAGUCAUUUGCUUAGGCAGUGAGAAAUAUUGCUUUGUUAUAAAGAUAAUUUUCCUGUGUAUCCACCCUCAAUCCAGUCUACUUUUCCUCUUUCCUCCCCGGCCUGGUGAAACCCAAACCAUGUGCCUUCGGCUGUUCUGGAAAGUGCACAUCACCAAGGAAGAACUG